AUGGAGCUGAGAAAGUGGUGCUCCAGUUCCGAAACGUUGAACGAGCAAUUUCGUGCAGACGGUGUCUCCCUCGACGCCAUUGGUCAACCGUUGGUUAGAUGCAAGGUGCUUGGUCUUCCGUGGAACCGAUCUGCUGACACUAUCGUAAUGACCACUCAAAACGUGUCAUCUUACGUUGCUACGCAGCCAGCUACUAAGCGAGUUGUACUUCAGACCUUUGCGAGGCUGUUUGACCCUCUUGGGCUUCUUGGACCGUUUCUCGUCCGCGCCAAACUUCUGUUCCAAGAGCUAUGGCGGCGCAAUUGCACAUGGGAAGAAGCUCUACCUGAGGACGUGCAUGAACAGUGGAAGACCUGGACGUCCGAGCUUAGCGAACUUUCAUCGUUCCAAGUCCCACGUUGUGUCAUAUCUCCUGCAACGCAAGGCGCAAAAGGACAGGAGAUUCACGUAUUUUGCGACGCAAGCCCAAUGGCGUACGGGGUUGCCGUUUACGUGAGGUGCGUCACGUCUGAGAACAGUUUUGCUUCACAGCUCCUCAUGAGUAAAGGUCGCAUAGCCCCAUUACGGCCCGUUUCGAUUCCAAGGCUGGAACUAUUGGCCUGCUUGUUGCCAGCCAGGUUAUGCCACUAUGUCAGACAACUUCCCGAGCUCUCACAGGCCGUGGUUCACCUUUGGACUGACUCUGCGAUCGCAUUGCACUGGAUAUGUGGUGACGCGGUCCGCCAGGAAGUAUUUGUACGAAACCGCUCGUCCGAGAUUCGCCGCCUAACCAGAGGAUUUCACUGGCACCACUGCCGGAGCCAGGAUAAUCCAGCAGACUUACUUACCCGUGGCGAGCCAGCGUCCUUUGUUUCCCGCAAGACAAUUUGGUGGGCCGGACCUGCGUGGUUGACCAAUCCUCAGGCGGAUUGGCCUACAGAUCUCUGCCCUAGUCAAAAGCACGAUGACUUGCGCACUGGACUCACCUCUGCCUGUCAGAGUUUAAGCUUGCCGACUGCUCCUCAUUUGCACGAUCCACUCCUUAGGAUUAAUGAUUACGGACGCCUUACUAAGGUUCUAAGAGUCACUGCUUGGAUCAAAAGGUUUCUUCGUAAUGCGUCACUCCACACCACGUCCUCCUCCGGACCGCUAACAGCCGCGGAGUUGUGUGAGGCAGAGUUGUACUGGAUACGAUUUGUUCAGCGCUCUGCGUUUCCUUCAGAAGUCGCUACGUUAGAGGUCGGACAAUCUGUAGAGUCUGCUUCCACUAUUCUGACUUUACAGCCCUUCCUUGACAAGAAAGGUUUGCUCCGUGUGGGUGGUCGCCUGCAGGCCCUUGAUGCUUCGGAGGAGUUGAAGCAUCCUAUGAUACUACCUUGCAACGACCGGUUCACUGAACUUCUGGUCGAAGCAGCACAUGUCCGCCUUCUUCAUGGAGGAGUCCAGCUAACUUUAAUCGAACUCCGCUCCAGGUUUUCGAUUCUGAAAGGACGUCGGACAGUGAGGCGGGUAUUGAACGCUUGCUUGCCGUGUCGUGGUAGACGCUUGCGUCUGGAGACUGCUCCUCCUGCACCGUUACCGAGGGACCGCAUAACCGAAACCAUGCCGUUUGACGUAGUUGGGAUUGACUUUUGCGGACCACUGUACUGCCGCGCGUCACAAAACACUGACAGGAAGGUGUACAUAGUUGUGUUCUCAUGUGCAGUGACAAGAGCGAUCCACCUCGAGUUAACGAUUGAUAUGACGGCACAAACAUUCCUCCUUGCCUUUCGCCGCUUCGCUUCGCGACGGGGUGUGCCGUCCACCAUCUAUUCGGACAACGCCAAGACGUUCCGUUACUGCUCUAAAGUACUGCGCGCGCUCUUCGACGACUCUGUCCAAGACCAUGCCAGUUCCCUCCGCAUCCAGUGGAGGUUUAUCGCUGAAGGUGCGCCCUGGUGGGGCGGUUUUUGGGAACGGCUCAUUCGUACUAUCAAGGACGCACUGAAACGUUGCCUAGGGCGCAGUAGCCUCUGCUAUGAGGGGCUUCUCACCGUACUACUCGAAGUUGAGGCGGCCGUCAACUGCCGUCCCCUUACCCAGCUUGCCGACGACACAGAGGACUGCGAGGCUCUGACUCCUUCCCACUUCUUGAUCGGAAGGUGCGCUGUAGCCUUACCGGCUAGCAUGGGGUUAGAGGUGCCCAGUUCCACUCCUGUAGGUCUUCGUCGCAGAGUUCGACACAGACAGGCUCUUCUUGUGCAGUUAUGGACUCGUUGGAAGAAGGACUAUCUCCUGCUUCUGCGUUCUGCACACCACAGUCAACCGAGGGCACAUCCGCGAAUCCGCGUCGGCGACGUCGUGAUAGUGGAGGACAAUGCACUGCCACCUCUGGUUUGGAAACUCGGACGCAUAGUUGGUUCCUUCCCAGGAAGAGAUGGUGUCGAGCGCUGUUUCAAAGUACUUCUCCCGAAUGGUCAACAAUGGUCAACGUUUGUACCUGCGGGAAGCUGA